CGAUAGGAGGGAUUGAACGAGACGGUAAAAGUGAUGAUCAUAGGCCCUUGAACCUCUCCGGUCGAUGAUAAUAAAAACAUCAAAAAUCAUUUAUUGGCUAGCUGGUAAGGACUUGGUUCCUUAGUAGUAGUAGGCAAACACGAAGUAUAGUGACAACAGAUAACAGCUUUCCAAACUCCAAUAGAAUUCCUCACCCUCUCCAAUCAACAAGACAAAAUCCCUAUUAUUGGAAAAUUCUCCAAACGUCACCCAUGCAAGAGGCUAUUCUCGUGGGCCUAUAUAAUAGUACAUUGGCAAACAUAUGGUUUUGCCUAACAAAGUUAGAUUCCUCUUAAAAGAUUCCUAUUGACUUUUCUCUAUGGCUUCACCAUCAUCAUCUUGUCCACCUUUCCAAUUUUCAGCCAAGUACUACCAUCCCUCCACUGAUGGGAGCACUUGUGUGAGGGACAACAGUUUCUUUGGAGGGAAACCCGUGUUGAAUCAAGGGGUUGGCUACUCUGUGAUUCUUGGUUUUGGGGCAUUCUUUGCAGUCUUCACCUCUUUCCUGGUAUGGUUAGAAAAGCGGUACGUUGGAUCUCGUCACACAUCAGAAUGGUUCAAUACAGCAGGGAGAAAUGUUAAGACAGGACUCAUUGCAAGUGUUAUAGUAUCUCAGUGGACAUGGGCUGCUACAAUCUUACAAAGCUCAAAUGUUGCCUGGGAAUAUGGUAUCAGUGGUCCGUUUUGGUAUGCAAGUGGUGCCACGAUCCAGGUCCUCUUGUUUGGUGUUAUGGCUAUAGAGAUCAAAAGGAAAGCUCCACAUGCGCACACAGUCUGUGAAAUAGUGAGAGCCAGAUGGGGAACUGCUGCUCAUCUUGUCUUUCUUGCUUUCUGCUUUAUGACAAAUAUCAUCGUGACGGCCAUGCUUCUGCUUGGUGGCUCUGCUGUUGUGAAUGCACUCACUGGGGUCAACUUAUAUGCUGCAAGCUUUCUCAUUCCACUCGGUGUAAUCGUCUACACUUUAGCCGGAGGGCUAAAAGCCACUUUCUUGGCCAGCUACAUACAUUCAGUAAUAGUACAUGUGGUACUGGUCGUCUUUGUAUACCUAGUUUAUGUCGCAAGCAGUGAGCUUGGCAGCCCUACCACUGUCUACCGACGUUUGUUGGAGGUUGCUAGCAAAUCAAGAAGUUGUCAAGAGCCACUUUCUCACACUGGCCAAUCUUGUGGUCCAGUAAGUGGGAAUUUCAAGGGCUCUUAUGUUACGAUGUUGAGUUCUGGAGGUCUAGUUUUUGGGAUAAUCAAUAUUGUUGGAAAUUUUGGAACAGUUUUUGUUGAUAAUGGUUAUUGGGUUAGUGCUAUUGCAGCAAGACCAUCAUCCACCCACAAGGGUUAUCUGUUGGGUGGAUUAGUGUGGUUUGCUGUUCCAUUCUCAUUGGCAACUUCACUUGGUAUUGGAGCAUUGGCUUUAGAUCUGCCAUUAACAGCAAGUGAGGCAAGCCACGGGCUUGUUCCUCCAGCUACAGCCAUUGCCUUAAUGGGAAAAGGAGGAUCUGUUCUUCUACUCACCAUGCUUUUUAUGGCUGUAACUUCUGCUGGUUCAUCUGAACUGAUUGCUGUCUCAUCAUUAUGCACUUAUGACAUCUACCGAACAUAUAUAAAUCCAGAUGCAACAGGCAAGCAAAUCCUAAAAGUAUCCAGAGGUGUCAUUCUGUGUUUUGGAUGUUUUAUGGGCAUAUUAGCUGUUAUUCUAAACAAAGCCGGUGUUUCUCUUGGAUGGAUGUAUCUUGCAAUGGGAGUUUUCAUCGGCUCAGCAGUUGUUCCUAUAGCUUUUAUGCUUCUAUGGCGAAAAGCAAACGCCUUUGGCGCUAUUCUUGGAACUAUUACUGGCUGUAUUUUAGGAAUCAUUACAUGGUUGACAGUCACGAAAGUUGAGUAUGGAAGGGUAAAUCUUGAUACAACAGGUAGAAAUGCACCUAUGUUGGCUGGAAACCUCGUGUCCAUAAUUACCGGUGGAGCUGUUCAUGCUUUUUGUAGUUUCCUAUGGCCUCAGAAUUAUGACUGGGACACUACCAAAAAAAUAACUACGGUUGAGAAGGAAAAAAGUGACUUGCCAGCUGAAGAGUUCAAAGAAGAGAAAUUGACCAGAGCGAAAGCUUGGAUAAUCAAAUGGGGUGUCGGUUUUACCAUUGUGAUUGUGAUACUGUGGCCUCUUCUUACACUUCCUGCAGGUCAGUUUAACCAAGGAUACUUCACAUUCUGGGCAGUCAUAGCUAUUGGAUGGGGUACUCUUGCAUCAGCUGUAAUUAUAGUUUUACCAAUCUCAGAAAGCUGGGAAACCAUUCAAAGCGUUGCACUCGGUAUGUUUACAAAUGACAGGCUUAUGGCGAAGCUAGAAGAGUUAAACAAUAAACUGCAAACGAUUAUAUCAACAAUGCCCGAAGCAGAGAGAAUGUACUUACUUGAGAAAGAGAAGGCCAAAAGGAAAGAAGCAUCGGACUUGGAAACUCAAAUUGUUCCUUCAUGAACAUCACUGUAGCAAAAACAAGUUAGUGGUUGGCUGAUGUGUGUGUGCUCUGUUGCUAGAUUUCUUCUCCUCUUGAAACUUCAUACCAAGUCAUAUUUGUGAAGGAAAAGUCUGUUUUGUCCACUGAAUUGCUUGUAAUAUGAUCUUCUUCAUUAUGUAAGAUAAUAGUCCCCCAUCAUUCAGAUUUAUAGAUCAUGAGAUUUCUGCAGAUGGAAUGAAUGCCUACCACAAUGGUUAUGUUUCUGAGCUGAAAUUAGGAAUUCAAGCCGAUCUAAUCAAUUGGAGUAGCUUAAAGCUGUACUUGUACUCUAGGAAGGUUAGGAAGGAAAAGCGGGGUGCACGAGAAUAAGAAGAGAUGAAAAGAAAAAACUUUCACCUCUCGGAAUUCAUAAUUUCAACUGUGUCUACGACAAGACAAAACUUAAAGCACAAGGAAAAGACUUUGAUGAAACUUUGGUUUUUGAUUAACCAACUCUAAAGAUGCUUGAUUAUGAUGAAAUAAACAGUUAAGAGUAAGAUAUUUCAGAGCGGAAGAUUACAAAUAUAUCCAGAAUUUGCAUAACGCAUUUCCACAAGGUAAACUGCAGCAUGAAAAUGCAUGGCUACAUAACGCAGAAAAAGAGCUUCAUGUACUCCCUCCGUCCCAUAAUUAUUGUCCAGUUUUACUAAAAUGAAAGAUUUUAUUUUUGGUCAAAUUUAACUAUAUUUUACCUUAAACAACCGGAUAUGCCCCUACAUAAAUAAUUAUUUAACCACUAAGAUUUUAUGGAUAAUGUUUUUACUAAGGAUAAAUGUGUAACUUGAUCCAUAAAAAGUCAAAUUGGACGGAGGGAGUAUUAUUUAAAGAGGAAGGAAGACAGAAAGGAAAAAUAGAUAUUCAUUCUAAUGCCUACUCAGUUCAAGGAAAGCUUGUACUGUAUCUAAUCAUAUAUCAGCAUCCCCAGAAAUCCUCCAAAUAAAUACUCAGGGAAAAUCAUCCAAAUUGAUAAGCCAUCUUCAACAUGUUAACGGCCCUAAGGGGCACAAUCAUUUUGUAUUUCAUUGUUCCAUGCACCUAUUUUUCCACCAAAACACCCAACAGGCCAGAAUCAGUCGCACAAAUUGCAUGAUUUGCAUCCUCAAUUCAUUGGAUAUCACCAGACUGCCAGAAAACCCAGGAUCUUAUGUCCUUAGAAAUUAAGAUCUGACAACCAUUUCUUGUAGUACUCACAUGUGGCAGGGGAGAUAACUCCAUCCGGUGUGCACUGGUUAAUCCGGGGACACAUACCACAUGGAAUUGAAGCCAUUGCACCAACUCGAGCACCUUUUCCAAGACCAGCUCCGCUUCCAAGCCUAUAACAUAGAGUCCCAACAGGAAAUGAAUGAUAUUCUCCCCAGCCGGUGCUCUUGACCUCAAUGAUCUCAUUUUCCAGCAACAUAGAGUUCAAAAUUUCUCCAACGUGUUGUUCCGUACACUCCACUUUGGUAACCUUCUUCAGAAGGUCAUAUAUUCCCUCAAACGUCGCAACUUUCUGCCUCCCAAUAAUAGUCAUGCAGAUGUUUUUAAGAUCAUUAAUGAAUUUUGUAUCAAGUUUUCCCUCAACGUACCAUGCGCCACCACUAACUUCCUUUGACGGUUCAAACUCGACGGCCAUGUAAUGUUUUCUAGCCUUAUUCUGGAUGUUUACAACCUCUUUUAUCAACUUUUUAGCCAGAAGUGAUUUCAGGGAUUUAGUAACAACAUGGUCUGUAAGUUUCAUCUUAUUUUUUAUAUCUCUUGUCCAAAUUCCCAUAUCCUUUGUAUCCUUUAUCACCUCCAAGACACGCUGGUCCGUGUCACCAAGAGCAUCAGAGAGAGAUUUCGGCUCUGUUUUUUUCCGCUUAAGAGAGGAAGUGGUUGCUGGACGGCUCAUCUCCUGCCAAAACAUGAGGAAGUAUUUUAUUCAGCAGUAUGUUACACAUCAGAACUAUUACUUCAAACAGACGUCCAUCUAAACAUACUUCAAACUCAGGCAGCAAAGAAAAUUUCCCAUCUUCGAUCAAAACUUCUCUUCAGUUCAGGGAUUUAUUCAAAUGGAAAAUGAAUGUUAUUGUAAGAGCAUGCAGUACAACGGCAUAGUGACCCGCACGCUCAAUAACUUGGUAAAGUACUAUAUUAACUAUAAAAUUUAAACAUACAAAAAGGGCAGAAUCCCUCCAUGCGCAAGGUCAAGGAAAGACCUUUCAUGAAGGCCUACUUUGGGCCGAACCCUAUAUUUCUACUGAAAACUGUUACAGUUACUUGAAGUUAUGACUUAGGGUAACGUGGCAACAGCUCUGAUCUCCGCAUCAACGGCUCACUUUCUUAAUAUUUUAUUAAGGAGUGCGUAGAAAUCUCACAGUUUCUUACUCCAGCAACUUAACAAAAAUGUUAAACCUAACAUAUCUCUUGUACAGCAAAAGCUGUAUUUAAGAGUCUCUUGUCUGGUAAGGUAGCUGUAUUUUCUAUGAAUCCAACUACAACACCAGAUGUUUUGUGUAAAUGAUUAAAAUUUUAUAAUAAUUUAGGAUAUGGAUUUUUCUUGUAAUUGUAUAUUACCAGAACAAUGUUCAUAAGUUUAUCAUAUCAAAUCUAAAAUCUUACCACUCAACCUGCAUAAAAGUGCCUGAAAUCUGAAUACACUAUCGAAUCCUUUUUGCUCCAUAAAUUACACUCACAGGUAAAUCGAUACCAAAUGUACGGCAUGCAAGGUCUCUAUGGCACAUCUGUUCAUAUCUUUGAACGAAAUAGAGCAACUUUAUGAAAAGAAAGCUUAUUCUUCAUAAAUAAAUGUCACAUAUCUUUUUCUCCAAGAAAAGCAAGGCCAACUUGAACUACUUGGCCUUAGAUAACCCAGGCUUGAUAAAAACUAAUUUGUUCCAUCAUUACAUCAACCAACUAAUUGGAGAAAGCUGAAAACAACUUGAACUACCAAGCUGAAUAACGAAUGGUUUAACUAACUCAGAGUAAGGGACAUAAACUUUUCACACAAAGGUGAAAUUUCAAGCGCUAAUUAAAGAAAUAGAUGUUGUGCCAGCCACGAAAAAACGACUGGUAAAAUGACAGAGGUUCCGAGAUUUGCAGUGUUUUAACCAGAUAUUCCUAAUGAUACUCCAGGAUAGAAUUCUACACAUGCAUUUAACAAUACUGGGGAUGCAUUGAAUGACUGUUCAUUUCAAAACUUAUACCGAGCUACUGAACUAGAAGAGUGAUGUCCUUUUAGUUACAUAAGCAGACAUAUAGUCCAAAAUCAACUUUGUGAUGCUAUAAGAAAAUGGACGAAAUGGCCUUUUUGAGUAUAUUGAAUAAAAUUUGAUUUAAGGGAAGAAAGAGGUCACAAGUUUCUCAAUUUGGCCAUUCAGAUAGCUGUAUAGCCAACAUUGUCCCCUCAAAGAACUGGAUACCCAAAAAAAAAAAAAUGCCAUGAAGGAGGAACAUUAAAAGGCAUCUGUUAAAGACAUUCCAUUGAAGAAAUAUUUGAGAAAUUUUCAUCAACAGAUAAUGAAUCAAAUCACAUAUUACUCCUGAAAAUGUAUACAAUGCAAAAUUUCCAAGCUGGGCUUCAAACCAUUUAUAUUAAAUCAGCAAUGCUUUUACACAGUUUGUGAUGCAUUUUGCAAACUUAUUAGGAUAACUACACUUAACACGAAAACUAUGAUUAAGGAAUGAUUGUUUUUAUGUACUCGCAAACAGAUGCAGAGUAAUAUUCAUAUUUCGAACAUCCGAAUCAUAAUCUAUCAGGAUUUAUAACAUGCACAAAACAAAACCUUUUCAUAUAUUACAUCCUGAUUAUCAGAAAAUAUUAAGAAAAGAAAAACACAACAAACGAAAGACUUCCAGUUCAGUUAUCUCCACAAAUCUAUCUCUACGGCCACCCUCUUACUAUGCAAGGCCCUUCCUUGCAAUUGCAAACAAAAUAACCUACAUGGGGCCACAAGAAAGCUUUCCAACUUCAGCUUAGGCCACAAGUACAAUCACAAGUAUAAGAAAAUAGGCAAAAGCGUUCAGAACCAUAAGCCUUUUCUGCUUAAAACAAAGUUCAUGCCUUUAAUGUAUGCACAACUUUGCAAGCCUGAAAAGGCAAGGUUUUUUUACCUACAGAGAUCAUUUUGUGAAGUUUUAUGAAGAAGAAUUUAGUUGGUGCUUCAAAAGAACACUGCAAGAGCAAAACUAAAAAGUGACACUCGCAUUUUCAUCACCCAAGGCUACUAGACAAGUUCUCAAUAGUACAUGCCAUUUCACAGCAAAAAUGAAAGAAUCUUAUUUUGUGAUGAAACUAGAUAUCUACUAUCCCAAAAGAAAGGACUUUCAUAUUAUGAUUAGUAAUAAUAAGUUCAUUCCAAACCACACAGCAACUUGCUUUUACAAUUAAUUUUGUUACAAAAGUCCCAAAGCAAGCAAAGUUUCAUAUGGAGAACUAUAAUUCUGGAAUGCUUCAACAGCCAAAUUUGAACUAAGGAGACGAUCAAAGAAGAAGGGUUUCAGUUACAACCACACAAAUUUGUACUGAGGAGACGAUCAAAGAAGAAGGGUUUCGGUUACAACCACGUGGGAAUGGAAUAUUCAUCCAAUUGCACUCAUCAUUUCUCAAAAGCAAAUUCCUGCAUAUAUAUACAUACUAAGUGUCAAGGACCACACAAGGUGCGGUCUAACUCGGAGAAGUUGUAACCCUGAAUAAAUAAAAGAAAAUAUUUAAUUGAUUAUUGUUUCCGCAGAGAAUAUAUUGAAUAAAGGCCCACUGAGGUAAUAUGUAAACCAUUAUAGCUUCUUACUACUAAACAUAGCAUUGACAACUUCGGUGACAAAAGUUUAAAAGUUUCAUGACUUAACUAGUUAUUACUCCUUUUGCUAUGUUCAGCAUCGGUAGCAUUGACAGAUUAUGAGCGUUUGCCAAGUCUGGUCACUUCACAAAUGCCAAACCAGCAUGCUUUUUUUUUAAAAAAAAAGCUGAUAUACCAACAACAAAUAAUCCUACAAAGAAAUUCAGAGCAAAGUAGAAGGCAUUUCUUACGUAGGCCUGAAGUCAUAUACCUUAUAUGCGAACAUCCGCACGCAAACUAAUCUCCAGUAGGAACUAAAAAUUAUACCCCGUUCUAUU